UCUYGAGUCGCAUAACCAACGACGAGACGAGCGUGGGAUCCGUCCCUAUACUGCCGCUGCUGCCUGCCUCAUUUGGAAUAGCACGGAAAACCGUUAUUUUUUUCUCUGCGUCCUGAAGAGGCCAAUUUCAGGGAUAGUCCCAUUUGGGCAUUCUUGAUCAUCGGGAGGUUUUUACAGUGUCUGACAGACGACAGUACAGACUGCCAUUAGCGGUAGCAUCUCCAAAAUAAGGCAUCAUGGGAAAACAGAACAGCAAGCUGACCCCUGAGGUGAUGGAGGACCUGGUGAAGAGCACAGAGUUUAACGAACACGAGCUGAAGCAGUGGUACAAAGGCUUCCUCAAAGACUGCCCCAGUGGUAGACUGAACCUGGARGAGUUUCAACAACUCUAUAUCAAGUUCUUCCCGUACGGCGAUGCGUCGAAGUUUGCACAGCACGCCUUCAGGACCUUCGACAAGAACAGCGACGGCACCAUCGACUUCCGAGAGUUCAUCUGUGCCCUGUCCAUCACAUCGCGUGGCAGCUUCGAGCAGAAACUCAACUGGGCCUUCAACAUGUACGAUCUGGAUGGAGACGGCAAGAUCACCAGGGUGGAGAUGUUAGAGAUCAUCGAGGCCAUAUACAAAAUGGUGGGCACUGUGAUCAUGAUGAAGAUGAACGAGGAUGGCCUGACACCGGAGCAACGGGUGGACAGGAUCUUCAGCAAGAUGGAUAAGAAUAARGAUGACCAGAUCUCAUUGGAUGAGUUCAAAGAGGCGGCCAAGAGUGAUCCGUCCAUCGUGCUCCUCUUGCAGUGUGAUAUGCAGAAGUGAGGAGGUGCUCGUCUGUAUAAAACCAGACAUGCACACACUCUGCGGACAGGCAGCACAUGUUUUAAAUGUUUCAUUAAGUUCUUCUUCUCAGCCUUUUCCACAGGAAAAAAAUUAUGCUUGGACUAUUUUUCAAUGGACUUGCUUCUUGUGGUUGUAUGCAUGAGAAUGUCAAAUAGCGGAAUAAUUUUUAAUAUAUAACAUUACACAGUAUCAUGAUKCAUUUAUAUUUUAUCGAACCUGACCUGCCAAUGUGAAUUGUGCACAAGUAAUCCUAUUCCAUUUACCCAUUCACUUUUAGGCUAGCUUGUAUAUCAGUGAAGCGCUAUAAAUUGAAUGAUUCUGUUCCUGCAGUAUUUAGAUGAUCCAUGUCCACUGCUGCAGCUAGCUGCUAAUGCUAGCUGCUAAUGCUAGCUGCUAAUGCUAAUGCUUAACAUGCUGGUAAUGAACAAUCAUUCCUAUGAUCAUUGUAACUUGUCUCUAUAAUACCCAAACUUAUUGAGCUCUUGGAAAAAUAGAGGAGAUCCUUGUUCUUUCCAAAUAAGGUGUUCUGUUCAGACUGACUGAAACUGAUGUGUAGGUUCUAUUUGCAUGCAUGUGUUUUGUGUUCAGACUCUAUACUCUAACCUCUUGUUAUACUGUUGCAUCUGCAAGGGGGGUAUUCAAGGAGAACCCCCCCCCCUGAAAAGCGUUUGGUAUUGUUGCAUGGGAUGUACAGUAGUGAUUCACCUCACCAUUACAUGAUUAACCUUCUGUGGGUGGUUGUUGCCCUCAUAUUUAAUAACGUAUACAUGUGUAAUUAAUGUGACACUUGAGUUCUUGAACGACAGAUAAUAUGGGCCCUGGUUGUAACCUCUCACACAUACAGAAGACGUAUCUGAAAAUUUAGUAUUGAAUUAAAGCACAGCAGUAAUUGAAAAACUAGAGAAUACAUCUGCUGCUGAUAAUAUACUACCCACUGGGCAGAAUGUUAUUUCCACAUUUUAAAAAAAUAUAUUUAAUUUUUUAAUAUUUUUUUUACCCAACUUUGAACCUAAAUCCAAUGACAUGGUG